UACCAUAGACACUUUUAUUUUCAUGUUUGCCACCCGCAUACUUCAUUUGUUUUGUUGCGGCUACUUGAAAUAUCGGAACGUGGUUAUCCGAUUUUAAAACUUUGUGAUUGAUAAAGCAGUGUGUAUUUUCUCACUUAUCUUAUAAAAUACUAAAUAUGGAUGACGACGAAGUUAUUUUAUCUACACCUGAGGAGAUAUCGGCGAUGGCCGAAGCAGUUAAAGAAAAUUUGCUGCCUACGAAAUCCCGUCGACUAUACGAAAAGUCUUAUGAAAAAUUCAUGUCAUGGAGGUCUGAGUACAAAACAACAUCUUUUUCAGAAAAUGUGCUGUUAGCUUACUUCAACAGUUUAAUAGGAACACUAAAACCGUCGUCAAUGUGGGUGGAAUAUUCCAAGUUGAAGUCCAUGCUCAAUAUACAUCACCGAACGGAUAUCUCCCAGUAUGCUAAAUUGAUAGCUUUUUUGAAGAGGAAGUCAGAAGGCUACAAAGCAAAAAAAGCGCAUACUUUUUCACCAGAUGACUUGCAAAAGUUUAUUGACAAUGCACCGGAUUAUACAUAUCUUUUAAGUUGCAGUAAUACUCGGGAUCAUGGGCGCUUGUAGGAGACAGGAGCUGCAUAUGUUAAAAAUUGACCACAUCCUUGAUGCUGAUAAUACACUUGUAGUAAACAUAAUGAACACAAAAAAUCGUAUAGACCGGACAUUCACGAUUACAGGAAAAUACUACAAACUAGUAAAAAAAUAUAUGAACCUUCGGCCCAAUACUUG